ACCCGUCAGUGUGAUUUGACUGACUGGCUGAGUGACGGCGGACGGUGGAGGACCCGGAGGACCCGCUCUCGCGCCCCGAUAUAUCUGUUUUUUGUCUCCGCACAUUUCUGCGCUCUGUCUCGUCGGUCUCCCUUCUUUGUCACGACCGAAGGUCUUGUAGCUGCGCCGCCUGUGUCCACAAUUACCACCGGAUCCUCCUCCUUAAUUUCUCUGCUCAUCCGUUUUGCUUAAGCGGGGCUGGUUUCAGCCAACCUGGGCCGGGCCGUGGGGCUGUUCAGCGAGCCCCAGAGCUGAAGUUGGCACAAGAAAUGAGCACCUUCACACCCAGAAGAGGGGUCAACCUCUUCGUGCCGUGGAGAGGCUCUGGGUCGUGGCGGUGCUUGUGGUGGUGGGUGUGGGUUUUCGGGGUGACGGUGGGCUCCGCGGAUCCGUGGAUGUCCACGGAGGCAUGUCCCUCUUCCUGUUCCUGCAGCAGCACCAGGAUCUCCUGCGUGGAUCCGGAGGGGGGCAUCACUGCCUUCCCGGUGCUGCAGAGCGAGGCAGAGAUGGAGAACAUCACCGACAUCUACAUCGCUAACCAGAGCAGCUUCUCCUCAAUUAACGACAAAGACCUGCACUACUACAAGAAUCUCAGGAACCUGACGGUGACCAACAGCAGGCUCACAUACGUAUCAAAGCUGGCCUUUCUGGACAACAUCAAGUUACAGUACUUGAAUCUUAAAGAUAACAACCUGUCAUCACUGAACUGGAGACCAUUCAAGCAUCUCAACAUCUCUUAUCUAACCCUGUCAGGGAACCCUUUACACUGUUCCUGUGAGAACAUGUGGAUCAAACUGUGGUUAGGGGAGGAAGCUGACAUUCAGGAUCUACGCUGCAUUGAGGACGGAGGAGCCCGCAAGCUGUUGUCCAGACUGAACCUGCCUAACUGUGUGUUACCCACGGCAACACUUAGCCCACCCAAAGUGACGAUAAUGGAGGGAGACAACGUGCAGCUGACCUGUACCACAGCGGGAGUGCCCUCACCUGAACUGAUAUGGGACAUGUCAUUAUUCACUAACUAUGUGAUUGAGACAUCCGGCCAGAUUUCAGUCCUGCGACUUUCCAAUCUGUCAUCCUCGGACCACAACAGCAAGAUCAGCUGCAUAGCAGAGAACAUUGUGGGAGACAGAGAAACCUCUCUGUUGCUGGACAUACUGUUUCCUCCUAAAAUCACCAAGUUGAGCGAUGCCAUCUCAGACCAUCACUGGUGCAUCCCCUUCAGCGUGUCAGGGAACCCUCAGCCAGAACUGCAGUGGUAUCGGAACGAUGUGGAAGUGACAGAGGGGCAGUACAUUAUGACCAUGAUCCAUGACAUCACAGAGAGGGAGUACCACGGUUGUCUGCAGUUGGACAGUCCCACACACAUUAACAACGGCAGGUACAGGCUGGUGGCUAAAAAUAGAUAUGGCACUGACAAAAAGGAGGUGGAUGCACACUUCAUGGGGGAGCCAUGGGGUAAAGGUUUUGGAACUGAGCCCUACUACUACGAUGUGAGCACAGAUGGUCCUCCAAGUGAACCACCUGAGGACAGAGUUGCAGUGUACGUGGUUGUAGGUAUCGCUGCUGUAGCCUUCGCAGGUUUCCUCCUGAUGUUGGUUAUUCUCAAGUUCGGAGGGAACUCCAAAUUUGGCAUCAAAGGACCAUCAUCGGUGAUCAGCAAUGACGACGACUCUGCCUCUCCUCUCCACCACGUUUCCAAUGGCAGCAACACUCCAUCGUCCUCAGAGAUGGGCCCUGAUGCCGUCAUCAUUGGCAUGACUAAGAUCCCGGUGAUAGAAAACCCUCAGUACUUCAGGAGCACAAACAGCUUGCUCAAAACAGACACCUUCGUCCAGCACAUAAAGAGACACAACAUUGUUCUAAAGAGGGAGCUGGGAGAGGGAGCCUUUGGAAAAGUCUUUCUGGCUGAGUGUUACAACCUCUCACCUGACCAAGAGAAGAUACUGGUGGCUGUAAAGACACUUAAAGAGGCCAGUGAAAAUGCCAGAAAAGAUUUCCACCGCGAGGCUGAGCUGCUGACCAAUCUUCAACAUGAACACAUUGUCACCUUCUAUGGCGUGUGUGUGGAGAGCGACCCACUCAUAAUGGUCUUUGAGUACAUGAAACACGGAGACCUCAACAAGUUCCUCAGGGCUCAUGGUCCAGAUGCUGUCCUGAUGGCUGAGGGCCAGACCACCCGACCUGUGGAGCUGACCCAGUCUCAGAUGCUACACAUCGCCCAGCAGAUUGCUUCUGGCAUGGUCUACCUGGCAUCACAACACUUUGUGCACCGCGACCUGGCCACAAGGAACUGCCUGGUGGGUGAGAACCUGCUGGUGAAGAUCGGGGACUUUGGCAUGUCCAGAGACGUCUACAGCACUGACUACUACAGGGUAGGUGUCGGGGGUCACACCAUGCUACCGAUUCGGUGGAUGCCCCCUGAAAGCAUCAUGUACAGAAAGUUCACCACUGAAAGUGAUGUCUGGAGUCUCGGAGUUGUUCUCUGGGAAAUAUUCACCUACGGAAAACAGCCCUGGUACCAGCUCUCCAACAAUGAGGUGAUUGAGUGUAUAACCCAGGGCAGGGUGCUGCAGCGCCCCAGGACCUGUCCUAAAGAAGUGUAUGACCUGAUGCUGGGUUGCUGGCAAAGAGAACCACACAUGAGACUCAACAUAAAAGAAAUCCACGGUUUGCUCCUCAACCUAGCCAAGGCUUCACCUGUAUACCUGGAUAUACUGGGCUGAACAUAGACAGAGGAGAGUUUUUUGAGCUUUUUUGUUUGAGUGUGAGUGUGUGAGGAGGGCGAGGACAGGGAUAUGUUGAAGUGAGGCUGUUUAGUGUGUCUACAUGCAUUUAAGGUUCUAGUGUGUACUUUAGGAUGGACAUGGGUGUCACCUGCUAAGGGCGUUCAGGUGCAAGACGCCGCUGUACAGGAUUUGAAGCUAUUAUCGAACUCUUCAAGGCAAUCAAACACAUCUCCAACUCCACCCCAGUCACCCCUCUCUCCUUCCCACCUAUUUCCUCUCCUUCCUGCAUCCAUAGUCUUUCCCUCUUUCUUACCUGAAGAGACAUUUACCAAGAGUAAUGAGACUAGCUUUGGAAAAGAGGCUUGCUGCUUCUUUUCAAAUGCUUUGAAUCCAUCCAGGGUUUGAGGACACCUGAUGAAGAGGAUUUUAAAUUCAUCAAGUCCUCCUUCCCUGACAUCUAGACCGAGGGAUUCACUUUACAGGAUUUCCAGAAGCUUAUGCUUUUGUGUGUGUAAAUAUGAGACUGUGCAACAUUUUAGAAGAAAUGGCUCUGCCAAAAUGUCAAGCCAUAAAGACAUUGUGUUUUUUUUUCCAGCCCCUCUAUCAUACGGUCCUUUUGUUCUUUCAUUCUCUUCAAAUUGCACAUGAAUACUAAAAAAUAUGCCCACAGGUUAACACAUGGUCGAUUAGCAGGAACAUACUAAUAACCAAAAAUGAACAAAAAGAAAUCUGAUCUGUACAAAAUUAAAAGAUUGGGUUUCUGAUUGGUCAGAUUUACUGGUUACCAUAUAAUAAACAAUGUAAUGCCAACUGAGGCUUUAAAAUGCUGUGGUAUUAAAAAAAAAAAAAAAAACAGAAAAGUUGAGCUUUUGUACAACAUUGUAGCUUAAUAAUGAAUAUAAAA